ACACACACACACCACACACACACACACACAUUACGAGCGAAGCACGAGGCGGCGCCAAAAACUAUUGAGUGCCCGCUCAAAUUCACAGUGGAUUGUGAUGUAAAGUGACGGACGAGUAGUUUUAGUGCUUCUUCGCAAAGGAUCAGAAAAUGGUGGAGUUCCCGUUGGGGUAUCGCGAGGUUGUACCGGAUCAAACUCUGCCAGAAAAAUGGAAAGAAAUCACCCUGAAUACUGGUGGAAGCCAGAGCACAUUACAAGAUAUAAAGGUGCCAGAAAGGGCAGGUGGCUAUUCAUAUAAAGACAGCUCCAAAUACUUCACUCGUAACCGUUUCAUUUAUUGGCGUAUUUGCCAUGAUAUACUUGAAUUGAUUGAACACAGUCUAGACAUCAAUCUAGCAAACUGCAGAGUCAGAUAUAAGUUUACAGAUACACCAAUUUUGGAUGGAAUCUCCAUUCAUGAGACAGUCAACUCUGUCAUUAUUCUGAUUGUCACUGUCUCCAGUGUCCAUAAGCUUUUGUUUUCUCAUCCAGAUAAGAUUCACAGACAAGAGAACUUGUUGGGUACAUAUACGGAUCUUAGUGUACAGUCUAUAUUUAGUGAAGCUUCUGUACAAAAUGCCAGAGAUCCUCAUACAUUUCAUAUUAUUGCCAAUGCUGGGACCACAAAUUCACCAGUACCUCAUGCAGCAGCAUCGUGGCUCACAUUGCCACAAGAAGAGGCGUUGUUCGCUCUUGCCUAUAGUUCAGCUACUAUACUACUUCUGAGACUCGAAGCACUCACAGGUCUCGUACAUACUAGCGAAUUGAAGCAAGACUCGAUAGUGCCCAGAUUCUUGAGCGGCAUUGCUACUGCGUUCAGAGGUCGCAAUACCGAGGCCCACGUGGCAAUGUCUCUUGUCAUACACAGUUACGGUAGCGAUAUGUACUUAUUCGCGCUAUGCCGAGAGGGCAAUGUACGCAUGUGGUCUUGCAAUAAGACACAGUGCACAGCAGUAACAGACGCAGCGAUCGAGAAUCGCAUUGUGUCCCAAGGUGCGCAAGGUCACGUUCUCAGGAAGGCGCUGGGCAACGACAACGAGUUAUAUCUUGGUACAUUCUUGAAAUUCGGCGCAGAAUGCGAAUUCAGUAUUCUAAAGCCUGUGCAAGAUAACGGCAUGUUCAAGUUCAUUAGACUGUGCACGUUGUACGCGCCGGACCAACACUUGGUGGAUUUCGCGUUCACAUUCACUAGAUUAUGGGCGGUGUGGAGAACCACAGAUAUGGACACUGUGGCGGUAACGCACGCACAAUUACCGCUGAAUGGCACACACGUUAAUUCCGCGUGGGAAACUGCAAUUCUGGAGCAGGCACGCGACCGGGAUUACAUCGUGAGCGAUCCUGGGACAGAUCCACGACAAGCGUACAUUAAUUACAUCUUUCAUCCUGGUCAAUUUUCAUUGGCGGACAUCACGAAGGCUCUGAGCAUCUACAGAAGGUCCAAUCUCAUCGCAGACAUGACUCUUUCGCCAGCUGUGCUGAAGGAGAGAGUGUGUAUGGCAGUGGAGGCCGAGAUGCAAGCAGAAGUGAUGGAUUACGUGAUCAUGGACGAAGAUUACCUAGAGAUUGCCAACAGAUGUUGGUCGAAAUUUUACUCAUGUGUUGUCCAAUAUCACGCCAACGGUACACGUCCCGUAGGCUUACUGCUGUUGCCGAGUGUCUACGGCGUCAUCUUGCUGAAAAAGUCGUCGUUCUCCCUUUUGAGGCCUAUGGAAGCCCUGGAGCAUCUGGCGCUCUGCAAUGAAAAAUCCUGCACAUCCCGCUUCAAGACAACACCUGUUCUGUCGCAGGACGAGGACACGUGUCAAGAUCUGAUCAUCUUAAUGUCCGCGUUGGUCAUGUUAGGGGAACAAUUGUCGGAAGAAUCUAAAAUGGAAAUCGAGAGGGAACUGUAUCAUCUGAGAAGUCCCGAUAUUAUAAUCGACGAUUUGCUGUUAAAACUGAUGUUGGAGAAACCCAACGACCCGCUGUCAGAUUUCGAUUUCCAAUCUGACCUCUAUCACAAACUGGGUAACGUAAAGGAUAUAUCCGGUGCCAUGGCCAUGCUGUUGGAAGCAUUAACAUAUGACCUCGGACAGCCGAAUAAGCUGCAGUUCGAGAACGGUCAUGAUGCUUCCAAAGUCCUGCUACAUAUCAAUCAUUUAUUUGGCAGUCAACUGGGAAUUUCCGCGGUGUCGGAAACCAUAACGCAGGUCGCACUCCUCAGAUUCUCCAUCUGUAGAGAUCUAUUAAUCCUACAGCAAAUCAUACUGCAACGCCCCGAGCUAUUUGACUCGAGAUCUUUGCACACUAUACGAUCAUCGUUAGCGCCGAGGACUGUAGUGCUCACUCAGGCUUAUCAUGUUGUCACGUGGAUAUGCGAGUCCACGGCGACUUAUACUCCUUCGCAGUCGUUACUAGAGUCCAGUACUCAACGACUUUCAACGUUAAAGCUCACCGACUCGCGAGUUAGCGUCGGGCAGAGGCAGCAUCGAUCUUUGUCGCUGUUGGAGCUGUUUAUCCACAGCAGUGGUGCAAAACACGCUCACAUUCUGAUGGCUCAAGCGAAUAUGGACCCGACAACUCUGAUACCUUGGCAUUACAGCAUGCUGACGCACGUGACGCUUCUCGCGCAACUUAUAUGGCCGAUAUCUGGAAACUUUGUGUUCCCGGAAUGGCUGUUGUCGAGUUGUCAAUUUCUACUUGUUCAAGAGUACGUGAGGCUUCUCAACACAUGGUGCGAGUGGAAUAGUGCUUCGAGGAAGUUUAUAUUAGCAGUUGCCUUGUUGGAGAUGGGAGAGAUGCAAAAGGCGUGCGAUCACUUUCUUCGUGCUUCCAACGGUAUCCUGACCGACGUUUUCUUAGCUGACGCUCUGCUUGGCCCUAAUGUUACGACGGGAAACAGCGCGUUGAUCCAUUAUUACCUAAAAGUGAUCAAACUGUUCGAGGAGCACAACGCGUCCGACUGUAUCAUAGAGAUCGCCGAGACGGCUAUAGCAGCCGCCGACACGGACGACCCAAAUUUACCAACACUUCAUUCCAUAAUAUUCGCGCAACACUUGAGCUUGGGCCACCACACGGAAGCUUACCAUUGCUUAAACGCAAAUCCAGACGCCGCGCGUCGAGUAGAUUGCCUGCGGCAGCUGGUAGUCACGCUGUUCGAGAGGAAACUGCUGAUAGAUUUGAUCUCCUUUCCUUACGUAGAUAUGUACGAGGACCUCGAGAGAAUAGUAGAGGGCAGAGCCAGGAGCGUCGAUCUCAUGGAAAACAACUAUUAUAACUUUUUGUACAGUUUCCACGUGAACAAACAAAACAUGCGUAAAGCCGCAUCGGUGAUGUACGAGCAAGCCAUGCGUUUGAGUCAGGAGUCACAUUCCGCGCUGAUCAUAUCGAGGCAGGCUCAAUGUUUGUUGGCGUGCAUCAACGCUCUGCAUCACGUGAGUGAGAAGUACAGAUGGAUCGUGAGGCCUGUGAUCGAUCAUAGCUUUGCCGACGAGUUAAGCCUGCCGAAUCCGCAAAAAAAGAGAGGCAUAGAUGGCAAGGAAGUAUUACACUACAAGAUCAAAAAGCAAGUCGAAGUCCUCGAGUUGGAUGACAUCAAGAAGGAGUACUAUAUAGUAGACGCGAGAUUGAAGAUUUCGAAAGUUAAUUCAGAAAUGCAUAUAGUCGCACAUACAGAACCAUCUGAACUUAUUGUCACUUUAUGUAGCACUGGCUUGUAUACGACGGCAUUGCAUUUAUGCGACGAAUUUAAAAUCAGCAAAACCUCUGUACUCGAAAGCUUGACGUCGCAGUGCAUCAAACUUAGUCAACGUGAAGAUCCAAAUGCCUGGGACUGGUUAAUACAAAACGACAUAUUUGAUAUCGGUAUAUCCAAUACAACUAUUACAAAUACCGCUUGGAGGCUGUUGGAGUACUUCACGUUGAAACACGAGAAAAAUACCAAUAGCGAGCUGCAUAAAGCCGUUGCGCGGAAAUUACUGCAAGAUGGAGCCUUCCUGCCGCAGUGGUUAUUAAUGUCAUAUAAGAAACGAAAUGCCUCGGAGCUCUUGCGUCUUAUGCUAAAUACUGGCCGGCUGAUAGAAGCGAGCGAUCUGGCAGUAGAUUAUAUCAGUGCAGUAUUGGGCAGCGGGAAGGAACAUUUCGGCCUGGAGACGCCGUUAGUAGCCACCGCGCCACCGACUUGGUUGCCACUCAAUACUAUAGAAGUACUUUUAAGUGAAUUAGAAUACUUGAAUAAAGAUUCCACUUACAUAGAGAGCUACGAGAGAUUGUACACAACGUUGGAAAAAUAUAUAGAAAUGGUAAAACGCGUUUCGGACGAUAUGAUAGAGAUGAAAAUGAUGAGCAAGCACUCCUAGUAAAUUAGACAAAUUCUGUGUAUCUACUGUUUGUGUAUCAUCUCUCGACCAGCCUCCUGCGAUGUACAUACUUGUGCCUGUUUACAUUGACAUUACAGCAACUGUAAUAGUAUCAAAUUGUCAUGGAAUUAGUUUUAAUCUCUACAUCCGUUAAAUAUGAACUUUUCCAUUAUGUGAUAAGAGUAUGUGUUUGUAUAAUGAUUUAAAGUGCCAACAAUUAACUGUAACACUUGAUGCAUCUUGUGAGAAGGCAGAUCAUGGUGAGGAUUUUAAAAGUAUCAUUUUGUUGAGAACGUUUUGGAUUGUUAUUAAUAUUAAACUAUUGUUUGUUAUACAUCAUUAUUUAUUACUGCUCUACAUUUUCUUUCCGUAAUAUUUUUGUACAUGUUAAAAUUAAAUACUAUCACUUCUAUUAUCAGAUACACUGUAAUUUGUAUUACCUUACCUAAUCUGCAAUCCAACAAGAUCUAUCAUAUUUGACGUUCUCAUUAAAGACUGUCUCUAAUCUCCAUUUUCUCUCAAUAGUGUGUAAUAUAAUUAACUAAUAUUAAUUAUUUCUCCCACUUUUACAUUGAGCUGAAGUCAGCAGACAGUUUCCUAAUCAAUUGUUUACCGAAUGUUAAAAACAAAAAUGUAACUACAUUUUUUAUAAACUGAUGUUUUCA